CGAAGACUUCGCCAGUGCUUCUCUCGCGGACGCGGGGUUUCUCUCGGGUCGCCAUGGGCUCCGGCGCCAGUAAGAAGCCGGCGGCGGCGCCCGCGCCGGCGUCGCCUUCGACCAGCAGCAGCGACGCCACCAUUGUAGCUCCGACACCCAAGAAGGUGACAGUAUCAGAGCCGCCGAAGAGCAGCGUGGCUUCUGCCCCUGAGACGAACAACGGGGUGCCCGAGUACUGGUAUCACAACAAGACUCCAGACUCCUUAAGCUUCGAUGACAUGUUUUACCAGCCAGAGGAUGUGCAUGGCGCCUUCGAUGGCAUGUUUAGGGACUCCUAUGUUGCCAGCGCCACCCGUGACCGGCCCUGCCCCAGCGGGGAGCACAGCAAGACCCCGGGGGGCUGCCCCUGCGUCCAGCCCGGCGCAGACCCCGGGCUGCCGGUGGCCUUCCGCGUGCGCCGGGUGAUCCGAGUCGAGGCCGCGGACAUGUGGCGAAGCUACGUGCGCAAGCGCGACGAGAUACGGAACCGGCGGUCUGGUGACAUCAACUCCUUCGAUGAGCCGGUGAAGACCAUGGCGGCGGCGACGGCGGAGAGCAACAAGAGUAUAUUCGCACCGCUGGACAGCAGCGUGAACGAAGUCUACGCCUUCCACGGCACCUUUGUGCGCUACGCGCUCUCCAUCGCAGAAAACGAUUUCAACAUCGACCUGGCGGGGUCCAGCACGGGAACCUUGUACGGCAGAGGCGCCUACUUGGGGGAGUCCAUCACCAAGGCUGAUGAAUACGCGCGGGAUGAGCCAGAUGGAUAUUAUGAGGGUGUGUUUUCGGUGCUGGUGUGCCGCGUCACCAUGGGGAAGAUGAACUGCACCUCCAGCGACCCCAACGCCGGGGAGAAGGUGCAGCGUAAGGAGUUCGACUCCACCUGCGGCAAGCGCCUGUUUAAAGAGCUGGUGAUCUACUACGCCGACCAAUGCUACCCAGAGUAUUUGGUGCUGUAUCAGCGCGUGUUCAAGGCUGAUGUGGAGGAAGAGAUGGCCCGCGUGCUGAAGCGGAAGUUCUUCAUGCAAGUGCCGUUGCACUGGCGGAACGUGGCCACGGACCUCACGAAGACGAAGUUCCGAGACCAACCUGAGCUUUCAGAAGCCGGCCGUCUCCACAUGCAGUGCUUGGUGAACCAAGCCUGCGGCCGGGACCCGGGCCGCGAAGUGGUCUGGUGCGCCCGGUUGGAGGACGCCAACCUCUGGGAGCGCUUUGUUGAGUUUAGAAAGGAGCUGCGCGAACGUUUGGGCGGCGACGAGGGCUUGCCGGCCGUGAGCAACGAUACCGAUAACAAGUUGAAGGUGAAUGCGGUGGAGCGCGACCUCCGGGCGCUGAUGAAGCGGCCCUGCAAGUUCUUCAAGAAGGGCUGCAGAUUUGGCGACAAGUGCAGGUUCUCGCACAACGAGUUCGCCGCGGACCUCACGGACUUGGCCCUGGCAGCGGGCCGGCGUCUGCCCGUGGAUGAGAUGGACCGGCGCCUUCACGAGGGCUUCCUUUGGCUGGCCUGUGCCAGCGAAACCCGGGCAGAAGAGUUGAGCAGCGGCACGGUGAAGCCGCACGAAAGUCUGCCGGGCAGCUGCUUCUACGAGAGCCUGCCGGACGCGCUCAAGGAGGUGAAGUCCAAGGACGGGCAAAAGUUCGCCAUCCUCUGCCGGGUCAUUUGUGGAGUGCCCGGGGAUGACCUGGACGACGCAGACGACAAGGACUGCAUCAUCCUGAAGGUGGAGGAUAAGCGGAAGCAUGUGCUCAUCAAGGAUUCCUGCGCUGUGUACCCGGAGUACUUCCUGCGGCUGCACGCGGAGGACUUCGACGAGGGCGAGGAUGAAGGCGAAGAAGAGGAGACAAAACCGCUGCCCCGUAUGGACACAGAGCAGCUGGGCCCUCCCGAGGAGGAAGUGGACGCCGCAAGCGAUGCCACCUUCAGUGCCCACGUCAGCGCAGGUGGCCCAAGCGAACAUGAAUCCCUAGUUGACGACGACGCUGAGGCUAGCUUGCCCCUGCCCGCCAGCGACCCGGAAAGCGAGUCUUCUAUUCCCCUGGCAAAGGAGGAUGAGAUGGCAGGUGCUGAGGACAAAGAUGCCUCAGAAGUGAUGUCAGAGGAGGAAUGCGGCGGCGGCGGCGGCGGGAGCGCGGAGGACGAGCUGGUCGGGGAGUUCUUCGUGGUCUCCGCAAACUUCGGCUGCGUCGAGGGCGAGUCCUUCAGCUGCUGGCAGGAUGCCAUGAGCUGGGCGAAGGAGAUGACCGGGAUUUUCAGAGUCAUCAUGGACGCGAACGGGAAGGUGUGCAAGACGUUCGAGAAGAGCCUCGGAAGCCGCCACUUGGAGCAGGAGAUGUACGAAUGGUGGGAGAUCAACCAUGAAUGAAACCAGCGAAUGGAGCGACGCCAUGAAUAAAGCGGCUGGAUUGUGGGCAGCCCCUUAUGACCACAUCCCCGACUGUACUAGGGGAAUUUAGACACCUGUCUCGUAGCCUAAAGACCAG